AUGCUCUUCGGGCAGUUCAUGGAGUCAGAACCUACAAAUGGUAAAGACUGGAUUGUAGAACUCCCAGAGGACAAGCCAAAAGCAUUAUCCAUCUUUCUACACAUAUCACAUGGUCAAUUCGAUCAAGUACCCCGAACGCCAUCGAUAGAUGACCUGUACGACCUUACGGUGUUGUCAAACUACUACGAUGGCACACAUAUGCUGGAACCCUGGGUUGGAAGAUGGAUGUCUUUGGUGGAGGAUGACGCGAAUGCGUCAAAGGUCUCGAUGAGCAAGAGCUUAUGGAUAGCAUGGGAGUUUGGCCGGAAAGACUCGUUUUGCAGAAUAGCAAGAAGAAUGCUCAUGGAAUCGGAUGGCUCCAAAGAUCCCCAACUCAAAAUGCAGCCAGACAUACUAGAGCGAAUAUCUGCAAAUCGUCUCGCGACCAUUCAAGCACUUCUAGACAUUAUCAGAAAACUCAUCAAUGACUUACUUGUCGUUGAUGAGAAGCCCCGCUGGUGUCGACAUGCAGAGUGGAUGGGGCCGCAUCGCUGCGAAUCCAUGAUUCUGGGUUCAAUAACGUUUUGUCUCGCGCGAGGGGGUCUGUGGCCCCUACCCCAGGCGGAAGAUGUGAUGGACAGUAUCGUUGGACUGCGUUGUAAGAUGACCCAGCUGGUGAUCCAUGACAUUGGAAAGGUGGACGGGCUUGAUCAUACACACUGCAAUCCAAUGCAGUUCUUGCUGGGCGAAGUGGAAAGGGUCUUUAUCGAUAUUCGGAAUCCAGUCACUAAAGAUGACCUGGAAGCAAUGGAUAAGCAGAAGAAAAGACUCACAAAGACAUAA